AUGACUGCGCGCCCAUCUGUGAGUGUGUACUCUGCGUCGGAGGAUAAAGUGGUUGGCACCUGUUCGCUACCCGCUGUGUUCACUGCGCCCAUCCGUCAUGAUGUUGUGCAGUUUGUGCACACGAACAUGGCAAAGAACUCCCGCCAACCUUAUGCGGUGAACCGUCUUUCCGGCAUGAAGCACUCCGCGGAGUCUUGGGGUACUGGCCGCGCUGUCGCCCGUAUUCCCCGUAUUCACGGUGGUGGUACGAGUAUGUCGGGUGCUGGUGCAUUCGGUAACAUGUGCCGGGGUGGUCGUAUGUUCGCACCCACAAAGAUCUUCCGCCGCUGGCACCGUAAGAUUAAUCUGCACCAGAAACGUUUCGCUGUGGUGUCCGCCCUCGCCGCCUCGUCACUGCCAGCACUUGUAAUGUCACGAGGACACAAGAUCGAGAAUGUCGCUGAGGUGCCGCUCGUGGUGGAAGAUGGUGUACGAGCCUAUGAAAAGACUAAAGAGGCAAUGACAUUCCUUAAGACUGUUGGUGCCAUCGACGACGUGAACCGUGUGAAUGACUCCCGUCAGAUACGUGCUGGCCGUGGUAAGAUGCGUAACCGUCGCUACGUUGCGCGACGGGGCCCGAUGCUGGUGAUGCCAGACAACAAGGGCACACGUGCCUUCCGCAACAUCUUUGGGCUCGACCUUGCGAAUGUAAACUCACUGAACCUUCUGCACCUUGCACCUGGUGGUCACGUCGGGCGCUUCAUCAUCUGGACGAAGAGUGCAUUCGAGAAGCUGGACAAAAUCUUCGGUACCUUCACAGAACCCUCCACCGUUAAGUCGGGCUUCAUGUUGCCCGCACCGAUGUUGACGAGUACUGAUGUGACGCGCAUCAUGCAGUCCGAAGAGGUGCGUCGCGUUCUGAAACCCAAGAAACUGCAACCCAAGAGGCCAAGCCGCUAUAGGCAGCCGACGAACGGUAUUCGCAACCGUCGCCUGCGCCUGCGUUUGAACCCGUUCCAGAAGAAGGAGAAGGCAAUGGCUAAGGGCAUGCAGAACAAGAAGAACCGUGAGGCUCGCCACGCCGCCAAGGUCGUUCGGUUGGCGAAAGCGAGGAAAAAUGUCGCGAAAGCACUCAAGAAGAAGUAA